AUGAAAUCCUUCCUUCCUGUCCACACCAUCGUGCUUAUCAGGGAGAAUGUGUGCAAGUGUGGCUAUGCCCAGAGCCAGCACAUGGAAGGCACCCAGAUCAACCAAAGUGAGAAAUGGAACUACAAGAAACACACCAAGGAAUUUCCUACCGACGCCUUUGGGGAUAUUCAGUUUGAGACACUGGGGAAGAAAGGGAAGUAUAUCCGUCUGUCCUGCGACACGGACGCGGAAAUCCUUUACGAGCUGCUGACCCAGCACUGGCACCUGAAAACACCCAACCUGGUCAUUUCUGUGACCGGCGGCGCCAAGAACUUCGCCCUGAAGCCGCGCAUGCGCAAGAUCUUCAGCCGGCUCAUCUACAUCGCGCAGUCCAAAGGUGCUUGGAUUCUCACGGGAGGCACCCAUUAUGGCCUGAUGAAGUACAUCGGGGAGGUGGUGAGAGAUAACACCAUCAGCAGGAGUUCAGAGGAGAAUAUUGUGGCCAUUGGCAUAGCAGCUUGGGGCAUGGUCUCCAACCGGGACACCCUCAUCAGGAAUUGCGAUGCUGAGGGCUAUUUUUUAGCCCAGUACCUUAUGGAUGACUUCACGAGAGAUCCUCUGUAUAUCCUGGACAACAACCACACGCAUUUGCUGCUCGUGGACAAUGGCUGUCAUGGACAUCCCACAGUCGAAGCAAAGCUUCGGAAUCAGCUAGAGAAGUACAUCUCUGAGCGCACUAUUCAAGAUUCCAACUAUGGUGGCAAGAUCCCCAUUGUGUGUUUUGCCCAAGGAGGUGGAAAAGAGACUUUGAAAGCCAUCAAUACCUCCAUCAAAAAUAAAAUUCCUUGUGUGGUGGUGGAAGGCUCGGGCCAGAUCGCUGAUGUGAUCGCUAGCCUGGUGGAGGUGGAGGAUGCCCUGACAUCUUCUGCCGUCAAGGAGAAGCUGGUGCGCUUUUUACCCCGCACGGUGUCCCGGCUGCCUGAGGAGGAGACUGAGAGUUGGAUCAAAUGGCUCAAAGAAAUUCUCGAAUGUUCUCACCUAUUAACAGUUAUUAAAAUGGAAGAAGCUGGGGAUGAAAUUGUGAGCAAUGCCAUCUCCUACGCUCUAUACAAAGCCUUCAGCACCAAUGAGCAAGACAAGGAUAACUGGAAUGGGCAGCUGAAGCUUCUGCUGGAGUGGAACCAGCUGGACUUAGCCAAUGAUGAGAUUUUCACCAAUGAUCGCCGAUGGGAGUCUGCUGACCUUCAAGAAGUCAUGUUUACGGCUCUCAUAAAGGACAGACCCAAGUUUGUCCGCCUCUUUCUGGAGAAUGGCUUGAACCUGCGGAAGUUUCUCACCCACGAUGUCCUUACUGAGCUCUUCUCCAACCACUUCAGCACGCUUGUGUACCGGAAUCUGCAGAUCGCCAAGAAUUCCUAUAAUGAUGCCCUCCUCACGUUUGUCUGGAAACUGGUUGCCAACUUCCGAAGAGGCUUCCGGAAGGAAGACAGAAAUGGCCGGGACGAGAUGGACAUAGAACUCCACGACGUAUCUCCUAUUACUCGGCACCCCCUGCAAGCUCUCUUCAUCUGGGCCAUUCUUCAGAACAAGAAGGAACUCUCCAAAGUCAUUUGGGAGCAGACCAGGGGCUGCACUCUGGCAGCCCUGGGAGCCAGCAAGCUUCUGAAGACUCUGGCCAAAGUGAAGAACGACAUCAAUGCUGCUGGGGAGUCCGAGGAGCUGGCUAAUGAGUACGAGACCCGGGCUGUUGAGCUGUUCACUGAGUGUUACAGCAGCGAUGAAGACUUGGCAGAACAGCUGCUGGUCUAUUCCUGUGAAGCUUGGGGUGGAAGCAACUGUCUGGAGCUGGCGGUGGAGGCCACAGACCAGCAUUUCAUCGCCCAGCCUGGGGUCCAGAAUUUUCUUUCUAAGCAAUGGUAUGGAGAGAUUUCCCGAGACACCAAGAACUGGAAGAUUAUCCUGUGUCUGUUUAUUAUACCCUUGGUGGGCUGUGGCUUUGUAUCAUUUAGGAAGAAACCUGUCGACAAGCACAAGAAGCUGCUUUGGUACUAUGUGGCGUUCUUCACCUCCCCCUUUGUGGUCUUCUCCUGGAACGUGGUCUUCUACAUCGCUUUCCUCCUGCUGUUUGCCUACGUGCUGCUCAUGGAUUUCCAUUCGGUGCCACACACCCCCGAGCUGGUCCUGUACUCGCUGGUCUUUGUCCUCUUCUGUGAUGAAGUGAGACAGUGGUAUGUAAAUGGGGUGAAUUAUUUUACUGACCUGUGGAAUGUGAUGGACACGCUGGGGCUUUUUUACUUCAUAGCAGGAAUUGUAUUUCGGCUCCACUCUUCUAAUAAAAGCUCUUUGUAUUCUGGACGAGUCAUUUUCUGUCUGGACUACAUUAUUUUCACUCUAAGAUUGAUCCACAUUUUUACUGUAAGCAGAAACUUAGGACCCAAGAUUAUAAUGCUGCAGAGGAUGCUGAUCGAUGUGUUCUUCUUCCUGUUCCUCUUUGCGGUGUGGAUGGUGGCCUUCGGCGUGGCCAGGCAAGGGAUCCUUAGGCAGAAUGAGCAGCGCUGGAGGUGGAUAUUCCGUUCGGUCAUCUACGAGCCCUACCUGGCCAUGUUCGGCCAGGUGCCCAGUGACGUGGACGGUACCACGUAUGACUUUGCCCACUGCACCUUCACUGGGAACGAGUCCAAGCCACUGUGCGUGGAGCUGGAUGAGCACAACCUGCCCCGGUUCCCCGAGUGGAUCACCAUCCCCCUGGUGUGCAUCUACAUGUUAUCCACCAACAUCCUGCUGGUCAACUUGCUGGUCGCCAUGUUUGGCUACACGGUGGGCACCGUCCAGGAGAACAAUGACCAGGUCUGGAAGUUCCAGAGGUACUUCCUGGUGCAGGAGUACUGCAGCCGCCUCAAUAUCCCCUUCCCCUUCAUCGUCUUCGCUUACUUCUACAUGGUGGUGAAGAAGUGCUUCAAGUGUUGCUGCAAGGAGAAAAACAUGGAGUCUUCUGUCUGCUGUUUCAAAAAUGAAGACAACGAGACUCUGGCAUGGGAGGGUGUCAUGAAGGAAAACUACCUUGUCAAGAUCAACACAAAAGCCAACGACACCUCAGAGGAAAUGAGGCAUCGAUUUAGACAACUGGAUACAAAGCUUAAUGAUCUCAAGGGUCUUCUGAAAGAGAUUGCUAAUAAAAUCAAAUAAAACUGUAUGAACUCUAAUGGAGAAAAAUCUAAUUAUAGCAAGAUCAUAUUAAGGAAUGCUGAUGAACAAUUUUGCUCUCGACUACUAAAUGAGAGAUUUUCAGACCCCUGGGUACAUGGUGGAUGAUUUUAAAUCACCCUAGUGUGCUGAGACCUUGAGAAUAAAGUGUGUGAUUGGUUUCAUAUUUGAAGACGGAUAUAAAGGAAGAAUAUUUCCUUUAUGUGUUUCUCCAGAAUGGUGCCUGUUUCUCUCUGUGUCUCAAUGCCUGGGACUGGAGGUUGAUGGUUUAAGUGUGUUCUUACCGCCUCCUUUUUCCUUUAAUCUUAUUUUUGACGAACACAUAUAUAGGAGAACAUCUCUCCUAUGAAUAAGAACCUGGUCAUGCUUUACUCCUGUAUUGUUAUUUUGUUCAUUUCCAAUUGAUUCUCUACUUUUCCCUUUUUUGUAUUAUGUGACUAAUUAGUUGGCAUAUUGUUAAAAGUCUCCCAAAUCAGGCCAGAUUCUAAAACAUGCUGCAGCAAGAGGACCCCGCUCUCUUCAGGAAAAGUGUUUUCAUUUCUCAGGAUGCUUCUUACCUGUCAGAGGAGGUGACAAGGCAGUCUCUUGCUCUCUUGGACUCACCAGGCUCCUAUUCAAGGAACCACCCCCAUUCCUAAAUAUGUGAAAAGUCGCCCAAAAUGCAACCUUGAAAGGCACUACUGACUUUGUUCUUAUUGGAUACUCCUCUUAUUUAUUAUUUUUCCAUUAAAAAUAAUAGCUGGCUAUUAUAGAAAAUUUAGACCAUACAGAGAUGUAGAAAGAACAUAAAUUGUCCCCCAUUACCUUAAGGUAAUCACUGCUAACAAUUUCUGGAUGGUUUUUCAAGUCUAUUUUUUUUCUACGUAUGUCUCAAUUCUCUUUCAAAAUUUUAAAGAAUGUUAUCAUACUACAUAUAUACUUUUUAUGUAAGCUUUUUCACUUAGUAUUUUAUCAAAUAUGUUUUUAUUAUAUUCAUAGCCUUCUUAAACAUUAUAUCAAUAAUUGCAUAAUAGGCAACCUCUAGCGAUUACCAUAAUUUUGCUCAUUGAAGGCUAUCUCCAGUUGAUCAUUGGGAUGAGCAUCUUUGUGCAUGAAUCCUAUUGCUGUAUUUGGGAAAAUUUUCCAAGGUUAGAUUCCAAUAAAUAUCUAUUUAUUAUUAAAUAUUAAAAUAUCUAUUUAUUAUUAAAACCACUUAUAAGGCUUUUUCAUAAAUGUAUAGCAAAUAGGAAUUAUUAACUUGAGCAUAAGAUAUGAGAUACAUGAACCUCAACUAUUAAAAUAAAAUGUUAUAUUUAACCCUUAGUUUAAGAAGAAGUCAAUAUGCUUAUUUAAAUAUUAUGGAUGGUGGGCAGAUCACUUGAGUUCAGGAGUUCGAGACCAGCCUGGCCAACAUGGCAAAACCACAUCUCUACUAAAAAUAAAAAAUUAGCUGGGUGUGGUGGUGCACUCCUGUAAUCCCAGCUACUCAGAAGGCUAAGGUACAAGAAUUGCUUGAACCUGGGAGGUGGAGGUUGCAGUGAACCAAGACUGCACCACUGCACUCCAGCCGGGGUGACAGAGUGAGACUCCGACUGAAAAUAAAUAAAUAAAUAAAUAAAUAGAUAGAUAAAUAUUACGGAUGGUGAAGGGAAUGGUAUAGAAUUGGAGAGAUUAUCUUACUGAACACCUGUAGUCCCAUCUUUCUCUGGAAGUGGUGGUAUUUGAGCAGGAUGUGCACAAGGCAAUUGAAAUGCCCAUAAUUAGUUUCUCAGCUUUGAAUACACUAUAAACUCAGUGGCUGAAGGAGGAAAUUUUAGAAGGAAGCUACUAAAAGAUCUAAUUUGAAAAACUACAAAAGCAUUAAUUUAAAAAGUUUAUUUUCCUUUUGUCUGGGCAGUAGUGAAAAUAACUACUCACAACAUUCACUAUGUUUGCAAGGAAUUAACACAAAUAAAAGAUGCCUUUUUACUUAAACACCAAUAAUGACCUAAAAGGGAAUCUUGUUCAUAGGGCCAAUCAAUUCAUGGUUUCAGAUGCUGACAGCAGAUGGGCAAAAUUUACAUGACAAAAAUCGUCAAUGAAUGAAAUAUUCAAAAUUUCUCUAUUAGUGAAAGAAUGUCACUUUCACUUCACCAUGGCAACUAAAAUGUCUGCCUUUUCUGAAACCAGAAGAGGGUAAUGUCAUCUCCAUGCUGACUGGAAAAAUCAAGUCUAUGGCAGUAUGUAAGAUUGUGCAGAAACAACAGCCUCAACCUCUUACCCUCAAUUCAAGUAGGAAAUUUGAAUAAAACCAGUAAAUUAAAUCUAAAACUUCCCAGAAGUCGUAUUUAGUAUAACCUAUUUGAUGAUCCCCUUUAAAUGAAUUUGUCCUUAUAUUCAUAUUUCCAUUGACUGUUUCUGUUAGCUUCAGAAAUAGGCCUGUGAGUACAUCAGUAUCCAGCUGCAAAAGAAAUCCUCCCAUUGACACUAAAGACAGAAAACUUGCCCAAUACUGAGAAGCAACUUGCAUUAGAGAGGGAACUGUUAAAUGUUUUCAACCCAGUUCAUCUGGUGGAUGUUUUUGCAGGUUACUCUGAGAAUUUUGCUUAUGAAAAAUCAUUAUUUUUAGUGUAGUUCACAAUAAUGUAUUGAACAUACUUCUAAUCAAAGGUGCUAUGUCCUUGUGUAUGGUACUAAAUGUGUCCUGUGUACUUUUGCACAACUGAGAAUCCUGCAGCUUGGUUUAAUGAGUGUGUUCAUGAAAUAAAUAA